AUGUUCUCCACCUUCCAGGGCUUUUCUGAACCCUCGAGCUCGGGGACACUCAAAGAGUCAAAGCCUACGCGAGGUCUGCAUGCAUGCGGUAACUGCAAGCGGCGAAAGAUACGCUGCGACGGCCGAAAGCCUUGUAACCAAUGCGAGUCGAGGGAUUUACAGGCAAGAUGCGUUUACACCCAGCAGAUUCAGCGUGUUGUGCCUUCAAAGAGAACAGUAGAGACUUUGUCCAAAAGUCUUAAAGAACGCGAUGCUAUCUUGCUCCGGCUUUUCCCCAAUCAUAGUAUUCCGCACUUGGCCUUGCUAUCAGACCAGGAACUUCGUGAAGCCGUCUUGCAUGGAAGGUCGACUGAUAAAGUCUUACCUUCCCCUUCCGACAGCACCCCUCAAAGGUCUGUUACUCAAGACUCACAAUGGGACGAAGAGCGACGUGAGCGAGAUCCCUUGCCUGCUGAGGCUGAUGAUGUCAACGCAUUGUCCCUGCCGUUUGACCGACAGGCAUCGUAUCUCGGCAUUUCAUCCAUCAGAGCGGCGCUUGCAGCUAUGCUCCAGGUUCGGCCUCAGUUACGUGGCUUGCUAGCCUCUCGCCAGGCAGGCAUGAACAACAACAUCGCCAGGAAUGAUGAGGUUCGACCUUGCUAUCAUCCCUCCAGGUCCUUGUUGGAACACCCUUGCAUAAAAUGGAACAGCAAGGGACAAGCACUAGUUGACGCAUACUUCCAACGGAUUCAUAUCUUUACCCCAAUGCUCGAUGAAACCUCAUUUAGAAUGAAUUACCUUGGAAGCCAGCGUCAAGAUUCGCCUUGGCUUGCUCUCUUAAAUAUGGUCUUGGCCAUGGGAAGCAUUGUAUCUAGCAAGUCCAGUGAUCGGGAUCACUGCAAAUACUACACCGAGGCCAUGAGGCACCUCGACCUUAACGCUUUUGGCAGCAGUAGCAUCGAAACGCUACAGGCUCUUGCUCUUGCUGGAGGCUAUUAUCUUCACUACAUCAACCGGCCCAAUAGAGGCAAUGCUAUUCUCGGUGCUGCCUUUCGGAUGGCGAGUGCACUUGGCUUCCAUCGAGAGUCUUCACAAAAGGACGGAGACGGCAAUCAGUUUGAAGUAGUAGAAGUGAGGCGACGCACUUGGUGGUCUUUGGUCUGCCUGGACACUUGGACAACGACAACCCUCGGCCGUCCCUCUUUCGGUCGUUUCUCUCCUUCCAUUGACAUUCAACUCCCCAAGCUCGGGAUCGACGGUGGCGAAGAAAACUUUCAGCAAGAUAUGGGAAUGACAACACUUAUUGAGAACAUUCGCUUUUGCAGAAUUGCAACUGAGAUACAGGAUAGCCUAGCUGUAACUCCUGUUCUCAAUGCCACGGACCGCGAUCGUUUCGAUGAGGCACUGAUCAAUUGGCAUAGUCAACUACCCUCUAUCCUUUCAAAAGAGGGAGACUGUGAUGAACCGGUUCAUCUUGCUCGGUGCAUUAUGAGAUGGCGAUACUGGAACUUGCGCAUGCUUCUGUAUCGUCCAGCACUUUUGGAUGCGACAACUAACCAUCAAACGGACCAAGAGGUUGAUCAAGACGCUAUCGAGAAUUGCCAACAGCUUUCAAAGAUAGCCAUUGAAGAUAUAGCCAAGACGUGGCUGAACCAUCAGAUGUCAGGAUGGAACGCCGUAUGGUUUCUUUACCAGGCCGCCAUGAUACCCCUACUGAGCAUGCUGUGGAAGCCCCAGAGUGCUAGUGUUCCUGAGUGGCGUAACCAGGUCCACAAGGCUUUGGGGCUCUUUGAGGAGAUGCAGAAUUGGUCAUUGACCGCACGUUGUAGUAAGGGAGUUGUGAGCCAAAUCUUCGAAACAAGUUGCGAUUUAAUGCGCCAAGGAGAACAGUCUUGCCUUGAACAAGACAUGAACGACAGUAAGUGUUUUGAUCAGGGCGCAGAUUUAUGGGCAGAUGGAUUGGAGGUCGACGAUGUAUUGAAUAUGUUAUGUCAAGAUUGGUCAUGGGAUACAAAUUGUACCUGGACUGAAGAUGGGUUUGUCGAUACAUAA